AUGGGCGCUGACGACGAUGAGAAGCAUAUGCAAGGGCACAAGCAUGAAUUCGCCCAUGAUAACCAUGAUGAUUGGGAAACUCAACCUCCCUACACGAGACCCGAUGAAGCUACUGAGAAGCGAGAGAACUUUGAAAAGAAAGUUCAUGGCUCGUGCCACUGCGGUAGAGUGCAGUAUUGGCUCAACAGCGACAAGCCUCUUGCGUCCAAGUACUGCCACUGCAUAGACUGCAAGAAGAUCCACGGUACUCCACUCAACGGUGCUCCUUUCCAGUGGGCGGCUAUCUUCAAAAAGACAGACCUCUCUUUUGAGAACGGUGUGAAGAACCUUCGCUUCUACAAGACUUCGACUAAGAAAAAUGAGCAUGUUCUUCCCUGCAAGGUCGGCUGUGCCGAGUGCGGAAGCUGGAUCAUGGAUGAGGGACGAAACAUGGUCCUUUUGUUCCCUACGCUCUUGAACCUGGACACGCCACAGUUGCGGGAGAACUUCCAGCCACAAGUGGUUGACAUUCCUGAUGGAAAGGACAAGUGGACGAAGCUCGAUAAGGACAGCGAGCUUAUGGAGGACGUUGAAGAAGUCGAUGACGUUGCUAGGAAGCGGCGGCGUUGA